AUGGGCGACAUAAUUCCUUCACACAAGGCUUUGAAGAAGUGCACGCCAAAAUUUGUGCAGCUCUUCAAAUCGAGCCGGUAUGGUAUCCAGCGUUUAGAGAUAAGCGAUAAUGAAAAUGAACGUGAAGUGAAAAUUUUAACACUUGAAAAUUGUGUUAAAAUUGCAAUAAUACAUCCAAUAUCAAACGUCCUACACAUAGUUACAAAAUCGGGUCAAAUUCAACUAUAUUCUCCACAAGAAAACGUCAUCGAGAAUUGGAAAACGGCCCUUCAGACUGCUGCUUUCAAUGAAAAACAAAACCUUACCCAAAAUGUGUCGCAUACAUUGAUAGAACAGGACAACGAAUUGUACUCAUGUAGUGAAAACAGUUUUAUUGUCAACAUUAUGCCAACUGAAGCAUCAUUAAAAUGUAAUUUCGAAAAGACGGGUUUCAACUUGAUACUUUCUGAAACUGAAAUUUUAUUGAAACCAUUGACAAAUCAUUCUUUUACCGUUGCUAAAUGGCCCUAUCGUUUUAUAAGAAAAUAUGGUUAUCGCGAAAAUAAAUUUACUUUCGAAGCAGGACGAAAAUGUGACACUGGGGAAGGUAUUUUCAAAUUACAAUGUCAAAAUCCACAAGAAAUAUUUAGAUGCUUGUCUAUAAAAAUGAAAAUUAUGAAAAAGCAUACCACUGAGAAUUGCGCAUCCCCGUCGGUUAAAAACAUGUCUAGCAUAACCCAAUAUCAAAUCAAUGCUUCAACUCUGUGUUUGGAAUUUAAAAACAUGAGUGAAAAAAAUGUUGAUUACAAUUGCUCACAGACCAACACAUUGAAUCUCUCCUCUAUUAAAGUACCUCCAAUUGAUGUCUUUGAAAACUCUCUAAGUAGUACGUCAGCUGAAAAAAUAUUUUCCUUUGAUACUUCACGUGGUUUCGAAAGAAUAAAUUCAAUAGAAAAAAACUGUAUAAAUGAUUCAUCUGGACUUAUUCAUGCAUUUGAUGCAAGAGACUUGAAUUAUAUAAAGCAAACAGAAGAUUUUCAAAACUAUGAAUGCAUUGAAAACAUCACUGAUGCGUGGAAAAAACUGGGCGUUGAUUGUAUUGAGCAUACAGAAAAUUUAGAAACAUUAGAUUUAGCUUUAAAUUUAAAGUCAGAGAGCAAUUUUUUACAAAGUAGCUGUAAGAACAAAUCAGAUAAUGAAUAUGAUAAACUCAAUUAUUUUCGCACUGUAGACAAAAACAACGAGGAAAAUUAUAACGUUCCAAAGAAAUCCGUUGACGAUAGUUAAAAAAAAGUAAAAAUGAAUAGAAACCGUAGCAACACCACAGCAAAGCGUAAAGCGGGCCACAGACUACACAACAUUUGUACAAAUGCGAUGAAAUUCGAUGAAAUUUUGUCGCUGUGAACACAAUUUGCAUCGUGAAUUAGUACCCAAACGGUUGGAGUAAAAUUGGUCGGGAUCGAAAUAUUUUGUACAAACCAUCCUCCCAGCCGGAGUGCAGAUGGUUUUUUUUGUUGCUGUUGCUGUUUACGCCAGCAAUCGUUUGUGUUCGCGUGAAAUAUGUUUGUAUCGUGUGUGGGCGAGCAAGAAUCAAACAAUCGUCGGGUAAUCAUCGAAUUUGUACAGGCCAUUUGUGUAGUCUAUGGCCCGCUUAAGCGGGCCACAGACUACACAAUGUAGGGAUCUCUUCAUUUUAAUAAUUAACACUAAACAUACCGACACUUUGUAUAUACCUAUUCAUACCGCGAGCGGUCAAAUGACGGCAAACACCGUUUUCGCUAAAACUCUCUUGUUUCUCAACCGAUUUCUACAAAAUUUAUAGUUUUGAAAAGCUUAUAACGUGACUCAAAUAUGUUUUCAGCCUCAAUCAAUUAUUUCAAAGUUAUUUGAAGUUCAAAAAAAAUUUUAUGAAAAAACAUGCUUCAGGAAAAAGGCUGUAAAUCAGUUAUUAAGUGCUCGAAAAAAAUUUCGCUUAGUGCCGCAUAUCGAACAUUUUUUUCAAUUUUUUUUAAGAUCAUGGCCACAAAAAAUGUAAAAAAGUUGUGUAAAACCCGUACUUUUCAAUCAUCCGCCAAAGCUGUUCCUGUUGCAGUAGAAAAAUUUUAAAAAGUAGAUUGGAAGGUUGACGUAAUUUGUCACCUUUUGGCAUCUUUAGAUUUUCAAAAUACGAAAUACAUAAUUUAUGACGACUUUUCAAAGGUAGCUGCUUUUCGAACUUUUUAUGAAUCUGGAUUUUCUGAGACACCCUACACCAAAAUUCACUUUUGCACUGGAUUUUGAGUAUGUUAACCUAAGGUUUAGACAAUAAAACUAUAUACAAAAGAAAGCAAAUUUCAUACCGGUUCUAGUGAUGUAACUGUAUUGGCGGUGCGAUUCUUGACAAAAAUAUAAUAAAUAUAUUUCUGAAAGUA